CAUUCUUCAAGGGCCCUAAAGCUCGACGCUCGAUGCUCCCAUGUAAAGGCACCUUUAUAUAUUUCCACUAUAGUAUAGCUCAUUCGUUGAAAUUUCCUUUUAAAUUUGGUCUAGCUUUGCAUUAGUUAAGAUGGGGCGCCGACCAGCGAGAUGUUAUCGGUACUGCAAGAACAAGCCGUAUCCAAAAUCCAGAUUCUGUCGUGGUGUCCCCGAUCCGAAAAUCCGUAUUUUCGAUCUUGGCAAAAAGAAAGCUUCUGUUGAAGAUUUUCCAUUAUGUGUACAUUUGGUAUCUGAUGAAUAUGAACAGCUCAGCUCUGAAGCUUUGGAAGCUGGGCGAAUUUGCGCAAACAAAUACAUGGUGAAAAAUGCUGGAAAGGAUCAAUUCCACAUUCGUAUGAGACUGCAUCCUUUCCAUGUAAUCCGCAUCAAUAAGAUGUUAUCGUGUGCUGGAGCUGAUAGGCUCCAGACGGGAAUGAGAGGUGCUUUCGGCAAGCCUCAGGGCACUGUAGCUAGAGUGCAUAUUGGUCAACCUAUCAUGAGCGUUCGUUCUUCUGAUCGCCACAAGGCGGCCGUUAUCGAAGCUUUACGACGUGCCAAGUUCAAGUUCCCUGGUCGUCAAAAGAUCUAUGUAUCGAAGAAAUGGGGCUUCACGAAGUACGACCGUGUUGAAUACGAGGAACUGAAAGCUGCAGGCCGUCUUGCUCCAGAUGGUUGCAAUGUCAAGUAUUUGCCUGAACAUGGACCGCUCGAAGAGUGGAAAAAAUUCAGGAAGACACUUGCUACAGCCUAAAUUGGUACAAAACAUUUUGAACAUGUGGUUAAAUAAAAUAAUUGCAAAAAAGCUGAA